AUGGCUAGUGUCGUAAGCACUGUUGGUAGAUCCGGAGUGACGUACUGCAAUUGUAUAUUCACGGUGAUGUGCUACAACGUGCUGUGUGACAAAUAUGCGACGAGACAGAUGUACGGGUACUGCCCAAGUUGGGCGCUGGAGUGGGACUAUCGGAAAAAGGGCAUAUUGGACGAAAUACGACAUUAUUCUGCGGAUAUCAUAAGCUUACAGGAGGUGGAAACGGAUCAGUUCUACAAUUUCUUUUUACCGGAGUUGAAACAAGACGGCUACGAUGGCAUUUUCUCGCCAAAGUCUCGCGCCAAAACUAUGGCGGAGUCUGAGAGGAAAUACGUCGAUGGAUGCGCUAUAUUCUUCAGAUCUGCUAAGUUUUCAUUGGUAAAGGAGCACUUAAUCGAAUUCAACCAGCUGGCUAUGGCGAAUAGCGAAGGCUCAGAUAACAUGUUGAAUCGAGUUAUGCCGAAAGACAAUAUCGGUCUGGCUGCCUUGUUGAAGACCAAAGAGGCAGCGUGGGAGAAUGGUCUACCAACGGAGACAUCGGCGCUUUCGCAACCAAUCCUAGUAUGCACGGCUCACAUUCAUUGGGACCCUGAGUUUUGCGAUGUGAAGUUGAUACAAACAAUGAUGCUGAGCAAUGAACUGAGAUCGAUUUUGGAUGAUUCUGCGCGUACGCUGCGAUUGACCGGACAGAAGGACAAUGUUCAACUGUUGUUGUGUGGAGAUUUUAAUUCGCUGCCUGAUAGUGGUGUAGUCGAGUUCCUCUCGGCAGGGCGUGUAUCCGCCGAUCACCGCGACUUCAAAGCGUUAGCCUACGCGAAUUAUCUCCGCCGAAUGCCGGGUUCAGAUCACGAGUUCACGCACAACUUCAAACUCGCUUCCGCCUACAGCGAGGACAUCAUGCCCUACACUAAUUACACGUACGACUUCAAAGGCAUCAUCGACUAUAUCUUCUACAGCAAACAGUCGAUGACCCCUCUGGGUCUUCUGGGGCCUCUGUCGCAGGACUGGUUCCGCGAACACAAGGUCGUAGGCUGUCCGCAUCCGCACAUACCCUCAGAUCAUUUCCCUCUACUAGUAGAACUGGAGAUGUGUCCAACGACGAGUACCAACUCGAACGGACUAAUUGGACGCAGGUAG